ACCACACUCAAAACGAGUCCCGACAUUUGCUGCGAAAACCAUGGAUCUGACACAUAUCGCUCUGUUGACGUGUGCAUGCCUUUCAGUGAAGGGCGAUGUAACCGAGGACUUGCAAUACUUAGCAGCCAUACUACCUGGUUUCUUUGACAACACUGUUCAGUACGAGAAUGACAUAAAGAAUGAUAUACCCGAAAAAGACAGACAUGAGCAUCUAUCAAUGUCCUUGUCUCCGGAGCAGAUGCCUAUUUUGGAGGGGAGAGUCAACUUCUACCUUGAGGAGUUCACCAACGGGGACAGGAACGAUUUUGUGCGCCAGAGAAUUAACAGUUAUGGUGUUGACGAGAAAGGGAGGAUAAAUUUGAAAUUUUACUCACUAAAAGACCAAAAAAAGUUCGCCCACGCGUCGCCCAACUCUCCGUUAUUCAAGAACCUGACAAUGAAAGAUGUCGCUCAUAUUAAAGGCUGUGACGUGUACUGGGACCGUGUGACAGAAGACUUGUUUAGGUCACACAUGUUCAACACGUGCUUGGUGGAGAUUGAUGGAGAUGAGAUUCUCAUCACAGACACAAACGACAUGACGUCAUCCUAUCUGACGGUGAAGGAAACGUGGAUCUCUGCUGCCAAUGGGUCAAUAGUAAGGUCCAUCCCUGUGCCGUACAACCUGACAAAACAGAUCGUAGGCACAGAGACAAAGUCACAGCGCAAGACAAUGCCUCGUCAGGGCAAAGACGUCUACCUUCGCUACAAAAACAAGACAAAGACCCAGCUAAGGACCUUCGAUGACCUUCUCCAAGCCCUUGUGUCCGGUCAGGCAGUCCGGUACUACAUCACCCCCACGGCGUGCAGGGUGACCGGUGCCACAGGGGCCAAUACUACCCAGAAAGGAGGCUACAUUGACACAUUCGAGUACUUCAGCACUCCGAAUGUCGGUCCCUAUCCCUACAUAGGAUAUGCUUCUCUACGAUACAGAAGAGACGACUCUGGAUCUCUGGUGGUCCAGCUCCGAGAAGGGUCCAUCUACAAAACAGGAGAUGUGAAGCUGACUGUCACUACUCUUUCACCAGAUUACCAGACGGUGAUACACAAACAGUACUAUGACUGUACCAUCAGCCCUGACUCUUCCAGUGUCUCUGCGUCAUUCUUUGCUGACGGGGCUUCUUUAACGCGACUCGCUACCCUCGGAGAGUUCGUGACAGCCCUACAGAGUGGGUCAAGGAUCAGGGCAACAAUAGAUUAUGGCCUCUGUUCACUGAAGAAAGACACCAUCGGUGGAGCUGACAUCAAGGAUUUCGAGGUUUCAGCGGAUGGUAACCAUGUGCUGUGGUCCCAGCUGAAGACCACCCGUAACAGCCAGGACGGAGGCUACGCCAACGAAAUCCUCACCAGCCGCUUCUUCUCCAACGGCAGCGUAGUUUUCACCGAAUCUGAAGUCGUGGUCGACACGGAUAAAACAUUGUUUGUGAAUGUGAUAACCUGUGCUAUUAACGGACCCCGCCUUGAUGGUGGAGUGGACUUCUACCAGGUGGACUGACCCUGGUACGGUGUGCUUUCAUAAAAGGAGUCAGAUGUGAUCUGGAUACUUUCCAAGGAAAUUAAAACUUUUAUAAAUGU